UAGUCUGUUAAAAGCCCCCACACUCAAAUCCCUGACCCUAGGAGUUGUCAACACCCUCAACUAGCGGUUGGGCCUGGAGUUGGGGGACUCAGGCUGCUCACUCAGGUGGCGCUGUCUAAGGAGUUGCACUUAGAGCUCUUACAGGCACCAAAUUCCUUGCAGGAAGGCCCAACUGUCCUCCUAGAUCUGCCUUCAGGCCACAGCGGGGGAUGGUAGUGUCAGGCCAAAGGUCCCAGGCAGAGAAGCCCACAUGGACUCGUGCUGCGCAGCCUCCCAUCUCCAAAAGCUCGGAGUUUCGGGGCGCCUGGCAGCCCCGACGGGCGCGAAGGGCGCUCCGUGGCCAAGGUCACCACGUCACUCCCGAUCUGACCCGCUGCUCCCGCCCCGGUUCCCGGAGACGCGAGCGACACGGGCCGCCGCUGAGGGUACCCUUCAAGGCAGCCAUCACCAGCUAUGGCCUCUUGGGUUUUGAGGAUGCUUCCCAGGAAUAUCCGUUCCUUGACUACAUCAUCAGAGAACCAGCGGGUUGAAGACUGUCAUCGUCACCAGGAGGCCUAUGGGUACUUCUUGCCUAUCCAGACGAGGUGGCAGGACAAUGACCAGUAUGGCCACGUGAACAAUGUCGUGUACUACAGCUACUUCGACACCAUUAUCAACCACUACCUGAUCAGGUACUGUGGCCUGAAAACCCGCUUGCUGACGUCCCCCUUGGUGGGGUUCAUGGUGACCAAUCAGUGCACCUUCCACGCUCCAGUCAGCUUCCCUCAGGUCCCGGUGGCUGCUCUGGCCGUGGAGAAAGUGGGCCACUCCAGUGUGCAUUACCGCCUUGCUUUGUUUCCACCCAAGCCUGCCCAGGAGCCGCCCAGAGCAGACCACCAUGACCUCAAUGACGGCUUUUUCUUUGGCCACCCCAAGCUGGCGCAGUUUGACACUUUGGCCUGUACCACUGGGUCCUCGGUCCACGUUUUUGUGAAUCCAGCCACCAGCAAGCCCACAGGCCUCCCAGAAGACUUCAGGAGGGGCCUCCUGAGGCUGAGGAGGCUGGCUCCCGUGUGAAGAGCCUGUACGUGAAAUUGUGCCUGUCAAAGAAUAAAGUUGAGAUUAUUCUCUAAA